CUUCACAAAGACAAACUUCAGUUCUGGGAUUCCUUUUGACGGAUCAUGACCCCUAUCUUGCCCGGUUUGAUUCUCCUGCUUCUCUCGGCGGCAGGAAGUGCCGUCGUCGGAAGAGAUAUACCUGGAAACGCUAUCCGGUUGCCGUCGGAAGCUUCGAGGUUCUUCCGUUCAGGCGAGGAUGAUGAAUCCCUUGGCACGAGAUGGGCGGUGCUGAUUGCUGGAUCUAACGGUUACUGGAAUUACAGGCACCAGUCUGAUGUUUGUCAUGCCUAUCAACUCUUGAGGACUGGUGGGAUAAAAGAGGAAAAUAUCAUUGUUUUCAUGUAUGAUGACAUUGCUUUUGAUGAAGAAAACCCCAGGCCUGGAGUCAUCAUCAAUAGCCCAGAUGGUGAUGAUGUUUAUAAAGGAGUUCCAAAGGAUUAUACAGGGGAAAAUGUUACUGUUAACAACUUUUUUGCUGUCAUCCUUGGAAACAAAACUGCUCUAACUGGAGGAAGUGGAAAGGUUGUAGAUAGUGGUCCAAAUGAUCACAUCUUCAUAUACUAUACUGAUCAUGGAGGUCCUGGAGUGCUGGGAAUGCCUACACUUCCUUACCUUUAUGCUAACGAUCUGAUUGAUGUCUUGAAGAAGAAGCAUGCUUCAGGAACCUAUAAAAGCUUGGUUUUUUACCUUGAAGCUUGUGAGUCAGGAAGUAUCUUUGAGGGUCUUCUUCCUGAGGGUUUGAAUAUCUAUGCCACCACAGCAGCAAAUGCAGAAGAAAGCAGUUGGGGAACCUACUGCCCUGGAGAGUAUCCCAGCCCUCCUCCAGAAUAUGAAACUUGUUUGGGAGACUUGUACAGUGUUGCUUGGAUGGAAGACAGUGACAUACACAAUUUGCAAACAGAGACUUUGCACCAGCAGUAUGAACUUGUGAAAGACAGGACAGCAAAUGGAAAUUUUGCUUAUGGCUCCCAUGUCAUGCAAUAUGGAGAUGUAGGGCUCAGCGAGGACAAUCUUUCUUUGUAUAUGGGUACCAAUCCUGCAAAUGAUAACUAUACAUUUGUGGAUAAGAACUCCUUGAGGCCACUUUCAAAAGCUGUUAACCAGCGCGAUGCUGAUCUGGUCCAUUUCUGGGAUAAGUAUCUCAAGGCACCUGAAGGCUCUGUUAGGAAGGCUGAAGCACAAAAGCAGUUUGUUGGAGCCAUGUCUCACAGAAUGCAUAUAGAUCACAGUAUGAAACUUAUAGGCAAGCUCUUAUUUGGAAUUGAAAGAGGCCCGGAGGUGUUGCAAACCGUUCGACCUGCUGGGCAACCUCUUGUUGAUGACUGGGACUGCCUAAAGAAAAUGGUAAGGACCUUUGAGACACAUUGCGGAUCUCUAUCCCAAUAUGGUAUGAAACACAUGCGCUCCCUUGCAAACAUAUGCAAUGCCAGAAUUCAGGUGGAGCAGUUGAAUGAGGCAUCUGCUCAAGCUUGCACUGUUUUCCCUUCGGGUCCUUGGAGCUCUCUUCACCGAGGUUUCGCUGCAUAAUUAGUCAAUGUAAGAAACGUGUAAUAAUACUACAUGCCAAUGCUGCUGGAUUGGGUCUAAACAGACUUAUAGACGACUGCACCUUGAUUGUUGCUCAUACUACAAUGCUAUUUUGUGUGUAAAUAAUUUUGCUCAGAAGCUCCUCUCAACCAGACUGCCCUGUAAUUAAAAUACUUGCUUCAGUGGUAUUUGUGUGUGUGUAUAUAUAUAUAUAUAUAUAGAAGCGACAUCGUAAUUACCAUAUUGUCCCCAUAUGCACUAUGAAUUAGUAAAGGAACUGCUCCCUC